AAUUAGGAGGAAAUGGUACAGUUGGCUGACUCCUCCUAAGAAAACCGGCGACGACCAUCAGUACCCGGCAGUUUCAUCGUACAUCUGUACCGCUUUCAACUCAACGUUACAGCAGCGUGUUAAAUCUCUUGAGCCAGUCUUAGGUCACUCACAAAAACCACACCAACACUUACUUCUAAACCAAGCGGCACUCGUAUGGUGCAAUUUUUUUUUAGAAAUUUACGCCAAGGGCUUGGAAAUUAACGUUUCAGAGAAAUUGCUGCAGGAUGGAGACGCAAAUACAUGUACCCGUGGGCUCGCCGGUAAUUAGAAAAAUCCCAGUUUUCGUGGACGAGCGCAACGUAACGGAGGGAGCGAUGAAGCUCAUUAAAGAGCUGAGACCGGCGUGGGACUCGAGCGACGUCAAGACCAAGCUCUUCACCGAUGGAACCACCAACAAGCUAGUGGGCUGCUACGUGGACGACAGUCCAAAUGACGUAGUCCUGGUCCGAGUAUAUGGAAACAAAACAGAGCUGAUUGUGGACCGAGACAAUGAGCUUAAGAGCUUUCAGGUGCUGCAUGCUAAUGGUUGUGCUCCUCGCCUCUACUGCACCUUUCUAAAUGGCAUCUGCUAUGAGUUCAUGCAGGGAGAUGCACUUGGAACGCAGGAUGUCAGAGAUCCUACUCUGCUCAGGCUGAUAGCCAGGGAAAUGGCUCGUAUCCACGCCAUCCAUGCACACAACGGCUGCAUCCCCAAACCCAACCUCUGGAUCAAGAUGCGGAAAUAUUUCUCACUUGUAGCCACAGAAUUCACAGAGCAAGCCUCCAACAUCAGAAUACAGCAGGAAGUUCCCAGCAAGGUGGUGCUGGAGCAGGAGAUGGUUUGGAUGAAGGAACAUCUUUCCACACUGGGCUCACCUGUGGUGCUCUGUCACAAUGACCUGCUCUGCAAGAACAUCAUCCACAACAGCAAAGAGGGUCAUGUGCGCUUCAUCGACUAUGAGUACUCCAGCUACAACUACCAGGCCUUUGACAUUGGCAACCACUUCAAUGAAUUUGCAGGCAUGACUGAGCCGAACUAUGGACUCUAUCCUAGUCGGGAGAUGCAAAUGGAGUGGCUCAAGGUGUAUCUGCAGGCUUACAAACUCUUCACCAAGAACACAGAGGAGGUCAGCCAGCGAGAGCUAGAGACGCUCUACGUUCAGGUCAACAAGUUUGCUCUGGCUUCUCACUUCUUUUGGGGUUUCUGGGCUCUCAUCCAAGCCAAAUACUCCUCCAUCGAUUUUGACUUCCUGGGGUACGCCGUGCUACGUUUCAACCAGUACUUCAAGACUAAACCUGCAGUGAUGGCCCUGCAGAUCCCAGAGUGAGAGGAAGCGACGGAAGCCAGAAGGACGAGGAGAGGAGCCCAGAAGGAGGUGUGUUUGAAGGUUAAAUGCUGGGACUUCCUCUCCCAUGAAGACGCUUCUGUGAGCCAGCUGUUGAUGGACCACUCCUCGGUCAGCCUGGCAUCCUUUUCCUGCAACAAGCGCAAUUACUCUUUGAUUCCCCCAAACUUUAGCUCCACGUACGUCACCGCUGUAGCCCGAGAAUGACAAAACUUUCAUGUGUGUAUGUGUGCAAGUGCAUUCGUCUGCGUUUGUAAUAUAUGUUGAAAAAGCGUCACGCUUUUCCUCUUAGAGCAGCUGAACCAGGCGUAGAGAGGUCUGUGUUUGGGAUAGGACACCAAAAUGUUCCACAACGCUGGUAAUGAUGUCACAAGAGGAAGGAGAGGGUUGAAGAGUGUCAGGACGAUGGUUUGUUUUCUGAAACUGACUACAGGUGCAGCCUGGUGUUAGUCCCAUUGUAUGUUUGUGUCUUGUGUGUGUUCCUUCCUCUGUCUCUACAUAUUUUAACACAUUGUGACCUUUUCUCGUUUUUUUUUCCAUCACCUUUGGUGCUAAGUGCCCGUAGCUUUCUGCACUGAGCUUUCCUCGGGGUGUCCUUUCCUGUGCCCCCUGUUUUUCCUGUUGAAGCACUUUCAGCUUCUUUCACCACAUCUUCCACUUAUUCACAGCAAACUGCUGCUGCUUAUGCUGCUAGAAUUGUAAGACUUGUCUGCGUGUUAGUUGGUGUUUCAUGCCAAACGCCACGUGUUUGGAACAGCAAAUGGAAAGCUAAAUGUGCAUUUAUUUAUUUGUAUUUAACAUCUCAGGUUAACAACUCUUUGGAAAGUGGUACUGAAGGAGGUGGAGGGGAUGGCUACAAAGACGAGACCUCUGUGUGUGUUCCUGUCCUUGAGCAUUAUUUCCACCUUUUUGACUUUUAUGGUUACAGCGCAUCGCUCUGUUAAAUUUUCCAUUUAAGGUUUCCAGACAUUUUGGAAAGUCACCACCUCUGUCAUCCUCCCUGUGCCAUGUCCUCCUCUCCCUUUAUACCCUUUCAUCUUUGAUCGGUCACCAGUUCCCAGUUUUGGUCUUUGGUUGCUUCUCCCUUUACUCUGCGGAGGUUUAUGCAUCUGUUUUUCAAACCGUCCUGAAAUCAUAGCCCAGUCUCAGUCCCAUGCUGUAAUCCACUCUAUUCAUCUCAGAUUUAGUGUCAAAACUUCUUACAUAAUUACAUAUUGCAUAAGUUUUAUCUGGGGUCAAAUCAAGUGGAGCUUUCAAAAAGAAUCUGGCGUGGGUUAGCUGGGGGGGGUGUCUGUCACGAGAUCAGCUACUGUUUUCCUGGGAAAAAGAUCUGACUCUGAAAGACGAAGAAAUCAUUAAUGCACAAAAGUACUCACAGCUUAGAAAGCAGGCUUCUUUGAAAUCUAGCUUGUCUGUUUGUUAUUAAAUAAUUUUUUUUCAGCUUAACUUUUGACUGAACACCUAACUAAGCAGGAAUGUAUCUGUUCAAGCCUGUCACCUUUUUCAAAAGGCCAGACAGAUUGAGUGUAAUGUGAAACAUAGACUGUAUAGAAAAGAUGGAUGUAAUGUGAUGUAAUGCACUGUGAUGUCAGCCAUUGGUGAGCAGAGUCUCAUUUUGAAGCCUCGAGUUCUUUCUGAGAUGUGGCUCACAGAUUUUGUCAGUCAUAUGCAAAAUCGUACAGUACUGUAGUUAACUUCUGACUCAAUAAUAACUAGUAAUAAGUUAAUAAUUAAUAUAAUAAGAAUAAGAAUAAUAACGUACAAAAAUUACAUAUUGGAAAGUGUAAGACUUGAAACUAGUAACUAUUCAGACAAUAAAGUCAUCAAUGAUAUGUUUACAGAGUUCAAAAACUAAGUUUUUCCAGAGGCUUCUAAGCAGUUGGAUGUGUUUUUGUGACAUCCCAGUCACUGCAGGACAUCCCAGUCACUGCAGGACAUCCCAGUCACUGCAGGUCAUCCCAGUCACUGCAGGACAUCCCAGUCACUGCAGGACAUCCCAGUCACUGCAGGUCAUCCCAGUCACUGCAGGUCAUCCCAGUCACUGCAGGUCAUCCCAGUCACUGCAGGUCAUCCCAGUCACUGCAGGUCAUCCCAGUCACUGCAGGGCAUCCCAGUGCAAAACUAGAGGGUAGAGCUGGUGGGGUGGAACCUUUCGUUUCCAUCACCGUUGGCCAAACUUGGCUAAAAGCAGAGCAGAACUGGCAGCUUUCUAAAGAAGUCAUGGGGUAUUACUCCUCCUUGGCACCAAAGAGGGAGCUCUGACCUUUGUCCUCUACUGCUGGUGUCGUGUAACUGGAAGGCUUAAUAAUUCACCAGCUGAGCUGCAGGAGAGAGGGACUAAAGCAUGUUAAUGGCUUUCAUUCAGAACAUUUAACCCGAGAGGGAUUUUCUGAGGAGUGCUGUUAAUAUCUGAAGUCUUUAAUCGUUCUUAACUUUAGGUAAAAUAAUUCUCUUCUCCUCAGUGUGAAUAAGAACUGAUUGCAACAGUACAAAACUCACUGGGUUUAAAAGUUAUUGAUGCAUACACUGGCACAUAUUCAGGAGUCUUUUACUUCACUUAGUGAAUUUUAUUAUUUAAAUGUUAUCAAGAGACUUAUUUUAUGCCACUAACAGUGAAGUAAUCAGCUUGGUGCAUUUGCAAAGGCCAAAUUGGUGAAUUUGCUGCUUGAACACACAAUUCUAAUACCCAGGUAGGACAUCAGCCGGGAUAAAGAGGGCAUUCGCACUCCAUGAGCACUGGGUGAAUAUCUCCAUUCCCUUCAGAGGACACUUAUACAGGCUGCUGACAGCUUUUUGAAGGGAAGGCAUUUUAGGUUCCUGUAACAUUGUAUCUUAUACGCUGAGUGUGUGGGAGAUGAAUUGAAGACACAUUCCAACUAAUCUUUGCAUUUAUUUAGCAGCUGUUUGGAUCUUUGGUCACCUUACCCACUGCUGUAGUAUCACCCAUUAAAGAUGCAGUAAUCAGAUUUCAUGUGGCCAAAUAGAACAAAUUAAAAAAAAAAAAACUAGCCCGGACAAAUAUACCAAAUAAAAAAUGUUUGGCUUUAUUUAUUUGCACAAGUCUUUCACUGCUCUCAGUCUGUGAGUGCACUUCCUCAAACAGGGAGUGGAGACAGAGAUGGCUAAUGUGAGAUAAGACACCGUUAACUGAGCUGUCAACACAUCAUCUCAACUGUGAUAAAUCCAUCCAACCAGUGUUAAAACGAACGUGACAAGAAAGCGAAACCUGAUAUUUGAUCCACGAUAUUGACACAAUAUUGCAUCCGUAUUCACAAUGCUGCAACAACUUUUUCUCUUUAGACUGGGUGCUGGGUAAGGUGACAGCAAACAGAAAAUGAACUUGACUCUGAUCCCCAUUUCCAGACAAAUGCAUCCAUUUCAUGUGUUUUUGUGUCGACUGCUGAGACCGGCUGUCUGAAUUUGCUGUUCCACGCUGGCCAUUGAAACGGUUCACUGUCAUAAUGUCGUCACUUUAUACGGUUGUUUUAAAAUCAGUUUGUUUAUUAUUGAUUCUAAAUCUGCACUCCACACUUAGUUUGUUGCAGUCCAGUCAUACCAAAACAGUUAGCUUCAGUUUGCAUUGCAUUUAAUUUGAGAUUAACUAUGUUUGUGUGCGUGAAUGUACUAACUUAAUUAUACAAAAUACUGUUCAGAAAACUGACUUCUUUUUCUUUGUAUGCUGACAUAUACUUUUUGUAAGUGCUUUGAUUUGAAAGGUAGAGUGCUGUGUAAAAGGACACAGCGCUUGGUUUGCAGAUGUGACUUUGUAAAUGUACUCAUCCACUGCUAAAGGAGAUGAUGAUGGGGGAUGUAAAUAUUGUAAGAAAUACUGUGAAAAGCUUACUGUACAGUGAUCCUUCACACCUCUGUAGGAGUGGCAAGAUUAUUUAACUGUUGUUAGUAAAUAUUUCCAUUAAAAAGAAUGAAAUGGUAUUAAAA